AUGGGGCUGGUCAACCACACUGUGGUGACUCAUUUCAUCCUCUUAGGGAUCCCCAAUGCCGACAGCCUCCAGACCAUCCUCUUCAUCACAUUCUUAGCCUUCUACCUCUGCACGCUGCUGGGCAACCUGCUCAUCUUCUCAGCCAUCCUCGCUGACCCCCACUUGCACACCCCCAUGUAUUUCUUUCUUUGCAAUCUCUCCGUGCUGGACAUUGGAAUCUCCUCCAUCAGCAUCCCUAAAUAUCUGACCAUCCUCUGGGGUCAGAGCAGAGUCAUCUCGCUGGGCGGGUGCAUGUCCCAGGUCUUCUUUGGGCACUUUCUGGGCAGCACCGAGUUCCUGCUCUACACCGUCAUGGCCUAUGACCGAUAUGUAGCCAUCUGCCACCCGCUGCGGUACCUGCCUAUCAUGAACCGGAGGGUGUGUGCCCUCCUGGCCGCUGGCACCUGGAUCACCAGCUCUUUCCACGCCACCAUCCUUACCAGCCUGACCUUCACGCUGCCCUACUGUGGGUCCAAUGUGGUGGACUAUUUCUUCUGUGACAUCUUCCCGGUGGUCAAGCUGGCCUGUGCAGACACGUACAUCAUUGAGACCGUGACCUUGACAAACAUUGGUCUGGUGCCCAUGAUUUGCUUCCUUCUCAUCCUCGCAUCCUACAUCAGGAUCAUCUACUCUGUCUUGAAUAUGAACUCGGCCAAAGGGUGGCGCAAAGCGGCCUCCACUUGCGCUUCGCAUCUGGUGGUGGUGACACUAUUCUUUGGUCCCUGUGCCCUGGUCUACACUCAGCCCCAGCCAAGCAAAGUGCUGAUGACUGCUGUGCAGAUCUUUGGCAAUGUGGUGACACCCAUGCUGAACCCGGCCAUCUAUACGCUGAGGAACAAGGAGGUGAAAGCAGCUCUGAAAAAACUGAGAGGGGGUCAAAUGCCUGCAUGUUGA